UUCCCCCUAGAACUAAUACUGUCGUAUCACAGUCCUCAUUCUCCCUCACACAAUUUCACAACCUACCAUUUCUAUUCCACUGUGAAACCCUAGGCAGUAGGGUCGCCCCUCACGCGCGGAGCCAUGUCCUUCAGCAAACUCCUCACCGCGGCCCGCCGCUCCCACCGGCGGAGCUCCUCCCUCGCCGCCAUCCGAUUCCUCUCAACCUCCCCUGCGGUGGCCCCUUCGCCGUCGUCCCCUCCCUCCCCUCUGCCGCCAAACGCGAUGAUCUACGAUCGCAUAGCGGAGGCCGUGAAGUCGAAGAUCCGCCAGCUGGAGAAUCCGGAUCCCAGGUUCCUGAAACACGGGUCGCCCAAGCCAACUCUCUCGGACCACACGCGGAUCCUGGCGGCGCCGGAGACCCGCGUUACGACCCUCCCUAACGGCCUCCGAGUUGCCACCGAGUCGAACCUUAGCGCGCGCACUGCGACCGUUGGGGUGUGGAUCGACGCCGGGUCGCGAUUCGAGACGGAGGAGACUAACGGAACGGCGCAUUUUCUUGAGCACAUGAUAUUCAAGGGAACGGAGAGGCGUAACGCGCGGGAAUUGGAGGAAGAGAUCGAGAACAUGGGAGGACACCUUAACGCCUACACCUCAAGGGAACAGACAACCUAUUACGCCAAGGUUGCCGACAAGGAUGUCCCCAGUGCGCUUGAUAUCUUGGCCGAUAUUCUCCAGAACUCGCGGUUCGAAGAAAACCGCAUCAGCCGCGAGCGCGACGUCAUUCUCAGGGAGAUGGAGGAGGUUGAGGGUCAAACGGAGGAAGUGAUCUUUGACCACCUGCACGCAACUGCUUUCCAGUACACUCCACUUGGUAGAACCAUUCUUGGACCUGCUCAGAACAUUAAGACAAUCACCAAAAAUCAUCUGCAGAACUACAUUCAGACACACUACACAGCUCCUAGGAUGGUGAUAGCUGCAUCUGGAGCUGUCAAGCAUGAAGAUAUUGUUGAGCAAGUAAAAAAAUUGUUUACUAAGUUGUCAACAGAUUCCAUUACUACUUCUCAAUUAGUUGCAAAAGAACCAGCCAUUUUUACUGGUUCUGAGGUUAGAAUGCUUGAUGAUGAUAUUCCCCUUGCACAAUUUGCGGUAGCUUUUGAAGGGGCAUCUUGGAAGGAUCCAGAUUCAAUUGCUCUUAUGGUCAUGCAAGCUAUGUUGGGUUCUUGGAAUAAGACAGCAGUAGGUGGAAAACACAUGGGUUCUGAGUUAGCACAGCGAGUUGGCAUUAAUGAAGUUGCGGAAAGCAUGAUGGCUUUCAACACUAAUUACAAGGACACAGGUCUUUUUGGUGUUUAUGCUGUUGCUAAGCCGGAUUGCGUGGAUGAUUUGUCCUAUGCAAUAAUGUAUGAGGCAACAAAGUUGGCUUAUCGGGUUUCAGAAGAUGAUGUUACACGGGCUCGUAAUCAGUUGAAAUCGUCACUGCUGCUUCACAUAGAUGGAACAAGCCCAGUAGCUGAAGAUAUUGGUCGUCAGCUUCUCACAUAUGGUCGAAGAAUCCCAUUUGCUGAAUUGUUUGCUAGAAUUGAUGCUGUUGAUGCCAGCACAAUUAAACGUGUUGCAAACCGAUUUAUUUAUGACAAGGACAUUGCUAUUGCUGCCAUGGGACCAAUUCAGCGUUUGCCUGAUUACAACUGGUUCAGACGCAGAACUUACUGGAACCGCUAUUAGUUCGUCUUAGUUUUCUGCUUCAUUUAACUUUAUGAGAGGUCUGGCAUAAUAUUUUGUUUCAAUUUACACUAUAUAUGCCUGUGGAUGGCUGCUUUGGCCGUCAAUUUUAAUUUAUUUGUUAUAGGCCUCUGUUUUUGUAACAUUUAUGCAAUAAGGAUGCUGUUGUCAGUGAUGUAAUUGGCAUCCUUCCAUACUGCUCUAAUUCUUGUUGAAAAUGAUAUUGCCUUAAAGUGCCCUGGUUUCUACUUUCUCCUGA